AUGAUUCUUUCUUUCUUUCUUUCUUUCCAGCUUCCAUCCGUCCAUCAGUCAUUCUUUCUUUCUUUCUUUCUUUCUUUCUUUCUUUCUUUCUUUCUUUCUUUUCUUUCUUUCUUUCUUAAUCUCAUGCUUACAUCUUGUGAUUAUUUCUUUCUUUCUUUUUUUCUUUUUUUCUUUCUGUCUUUCAAGCUUCCAUCCAUCCGUCCGUCAUUCUUUCUUUCUUUCUUUCUUUCUUUCUUUCUUUCUUUCUUUCUUUCUUUCUUUCUUUCUUUUUUAAUCUCAUGCUUACAUCUUGUGAUUCUUCUUUCUUUCUUUCAUGCUUCCGUCCGUCAUUCUUUCUUUCUUUCUUUCUUUCUUUCUUUCUUUCUUUCUUUCUUUCUUUCUUUCUUAAUCUCAUGCUUACAUCUUGUGAUUCUUUCUUUCUUUCUUUCUUUCUUUCUUUCUUUCUUUCUUAAUCUCAUGCUUACAUCUUGUGAUUCUUUCUUUCUUUCUUUCUUUCAAGCUUCCGUCCUUCAUUUUCUUUCUUUCUUUCUUUCUUUCCCAAUUCUCAAUUCCUCCGUCUUUCUUUCUUUUUCUUUUCUUUCUUUCUUUCUUAACCCAAUUCUUCCGUCUUUCUUUUCUUUUCUUUCUUUCUUUCUUUUCUUAACCCAAUUCUUCCGUCUUUCUUUCUUUCUUUCUUUCUUUCUUUUCUUUUCUUUCUUAAUCUCAUGCUUACAUCUUGUGAUUCUUUCUUUCUUUCUUUCUUUCUUUCUUUCUUUCUUUCUUUCUUUCUUUCAAGCUUCCGUCCUUCAUUCUUUCUUUCUUUCUUUCUUUCUUAACCCAAUUCCUCCGUCUUUCUUUCUUUCUUUCUUUCUUUCUUUCUUAACCCAAUUCUUCCGUCUUUCUUUCUUUCUUUCUUUCUUUCUUUCUUUCUUUCUUAAUCUCAUGCUUACAUCUUCUUCCGUCCUUCAUUCUUUUCUUUCUUUCUUUUCUUUCUUAACCCAAUUCUUCCGUCUUUUCUUUCUCUUUCUUUCUUUCUUUUCUUUCUUUCUUUCUUUCUUUCUUUCUUUCUUUCUUUUUCUUAACCCAAUUCUUCCGUCUAUCACUCCAUUCAGUUUUUCUAUCUUCUUUCUUAAUUUCGUCCUUCUAUCCCUCAUUCAUUCAUUCAUUCAUUCUUUCUUUCUUUCUUUCUUUCUUAAUCUCCUGCUUUGUGCAUCUUUCUUUCUAUUUUCCUGUAUUUCAAUUUUCUUCAUUAAAAAAUCAUUCGUUUUUCACUUUUUCUUUUCAUUCCUUUCAAUUCAGAAAACACCUUUUUGCGUCACUAAUCCUUUUUCUUCUUAA